AUGUCGGCACUCACCGAAGUCCUCACCGAGGAGGACUUUGCGGCACACCUCAGCUCGCUCUCGCCAUCUGCGCUGGUUGUUCUCUACUUCCACACGCCAUGGGCUGCACCCUGCGCCCAGAUGAGCACUGUCCUUUCCGCCCUCGCCUCGCAGUACCCCGCUACAACCCCACCUACCAUCUCUUUUAUCAGCAUCAAUGCCGAAGAGCUGGCCGAUAUCUCAGAGGAGUAUGAUGUCUCUGCUGUUCCCUUUGUCGUCUGUCUGCGCAGUGGCCAGAUCCUAGAGUCCAUCAGCGGUAGCGACGCCAUCAAGGUUCGCGACGCUAUCGAGCGCCACGCUGGUCGCGGAAACGGCGCCGCUCCUACGGACGGUGCCCACCGAGCCCAUAUUCCCCCUCCCCUUUCUGCCACCCCUCGCGAAGAUGGUCCGGUGAUGGCCACUCAGUCGCCUUACGCAUCGGUGGACGCCGCUGGCCCUGCGGCUAACGCCACUCCCGUUGCCGCCGCACCUACCCUCACCCCCGAGCAGUCCAAGGAAGCACUUUUCGCUCGUCUUAGUGAGUUGGUUAAGGCUGCACCGGUUAUGCUGUUUAUGAAGGGAACCCCUAGCUCGCCGCAGUGCGGCUUCAGCAGACAGUUGGUGGGUAUCCUCCGAGAGCGGAGCGUCAAGUACGGAUUCUUCAAUAUUCUUGCGGACGAGGACGUGCGACAGGGUCUGAAGGAGUUCGCCGAGUGGCCCACCUUCCCACAGUUGUGGGUCGGUGGGGAGCUGGUUGGUGGUUUGGAUAUUGUGCGCGAGGAAAUCAACAAUGACGAGAACUUCUUCGCGAACUACUCUGUCAACAAAUAG